GCAACUAAAGUUUUAUAAGUGUAUAGUAAAAAUAUUGAUCAGCGUAACUUGGGUUACUGUCAUGAAAAAAUCAAUAUAUACUUAGAAACACCUGUACAAAAGUUGUGGUUUCAAUUCAAAUAGGGUUUAUAUGUCAUAAUGAAAGUAUAACAGCUAUGACAGCAUUUACAUUAAAUCUUGAUCGGAAAAUUGUACCAGCUUUAGUAGUUUGUGGCAAAUUUGAUGGUUCUCAUGCUUGUCUUGCUCUUGCGACAUCAUCUGGUAAUAUUCUCGUUCAUAGUCCGCAUCGGCAACCGCCGAUAGGUGUCAAUGAAACUCCAGAAGAAAAUUUGGAAAAACGUCUCAAAUGGAAUGGAGAACUUGCGGAGCUUCAAAUUGGCAAACAGAUAUUAUCUCUCUGUACCGGUCGCCUUACAGAAGACGAAAGGGAUAUUCUUUUAAUUGGUACUUCGACUCAUAUUUUAGCUUAUCAAGUAGAAGAAAAUGCAGAUCUUUUUUAUAAAAAUAUUCCAGAUGGUGUGUAUUCUAUUGUCGUUGGUAAACUUAGUUGGUUGUCAAAUCAAGUUACGAUAAUUGGUAGCAAUUGUUCCAUAACAAUUAUCGAUGGAGAAGGAAAUGAAGUUUUUUGGACAAUAAUGGGUGGAAUUGUCAGAUCAUUAGCUAUAUUUGAUUUUGAUGGUGAUGGUGAAUUUGAGUUAGUGACAGGAUCCGAAGAUUGUGAAAUUAAAGUAUUUAAAGCAGACUUAAUUUUAUGGGAAAUAAAAGAAACAGCACCAGUGACAGCUCUUUUAGCUUUGCCUGGUCGACAAUUCGCUUAUGUAGUUGACAAUGGAACUGUUGGUAUUUACGAAAGUGGUCAGAGAUUGUGGAGAAUUAAGUCAAAGCAUAAAGUUGUAUCAAUAAGAAGUUUUGAUGUGAAUGGUGAUGGUAAACUAGAAAUUGUAACUGGAUGGAGUUCUGGAAAAAUGGAUGCAAGAUCUUGUUUAACUGGCGAUGUUACAUUCAAAAUACAAUUAAACUCUGCUGUUGCUGGAAUAGUUGAAGCUGAUUAUCGUCGCACUGGACGACCAGAUUUAGUAAUAGUUUCUGUUACAGGAGAAGUUCGAGGAUAUGGGGCUGGAUUAAUGAUAAGUACACCAGAGCCAGGUGAAUUAAUUCGAAAGUUAUUUGCAAGAAAACAAGCAUUAACGACGGAGCUUAAGCAACGUGGAGCUAAUUUUCAAAACUACCUUGGUUCUAAAUUAGCCGUAAAUAUGUUUCCAAGUAAAGGUGCUGUGAGACUGGCUCUUGCUGCAGGUCCUGGUUUAUUAAUAAGCUGCGUUAUUGUAUUUGCGGAGGGUCUUUUUGAAGGCGAAACAAUGGUUGUGCAUCCAGCUAAACCAGAAGAAGAAUUAGAAAUUGAAUUAAAACCUGAUAAAAAUAUGACUGUCGAUAUUCAUGUUAAAGUUUGUAUGGGGACUGUCAAUACUGAUUUAUAUCAGGUUUUUGAAAUUGUACGACAGUUGCCACAAUUUUGUAUGUAUGAAAUAAUCUCAAAACCAGAAAAUGUAUCUGAAGAGUUUAAAAAUUGUGGAGUAUUAUUUGAGAUUGCUGAGAGAUUAAAACGUAUUGCCUUGUGGUUGAAUCAAUCUUUCUUACUUAGCAAAGAAUUCGAUGUACCAGAUGAAGGCCCUGCGGCAGCAUUUAUUGAAAUUUGGCUGCAAGGAAUGAGGGAUAAUAAAAUUCAUUGUAUCCGAGCGAGUGCAGUAGGGAAAGCAAGCAUUCAAACAGAAGAUAUGCAUUUCGCUGGUGAUAUUGUUCAGUCUUUGGCCACUUAUUUAGGUAUUCAAGAACUUGGAACUGAAGCAAGAUUUCCAGCUGAAGAGAAAAAAUUAUGUACUGCUUUAGAACGCGUCAAAGGCUUGCGAGAAGUUGAUGCUCGGUUACAAGCCGAUGCAGCAGGAGACUCGAAUCUUUUAAAAAAUCUUGUGAUCCGGUUAGAAGAUGCAAGAAUUUUAAGUGAUGUUGGAGGUAUGAAGAGACGUCUUCUACAACUCAAAAACGUUAACAGCGAUCUUAUGAGAGAGAAUGAAAUUAGAACAAAUAGUAGCAGAGAACUUACAUCUACUUUGAAAGAAUUGAAUAUAGGAGUUCGCAAAGCUUCUAGACUUCGAGUGGGUCGGGCUUCAACAAAUACGGUCUCGAGAUGUAGAGCAGCCAUUCAAGAUGAAAAUUCUAAAGCUUUAAUACAGGCAUUACAAAAUGGAUAGUUUUUUAACAAUCUCAGUAAAAAUUUAUCAAUAAAUAUUUUAUAAAAAUUC